GGGGGAAAGGACGAAAAAAAAGAAAAAAAGAAUUGAGACCAAGACAAGUCCACGUAAUGAUCUAGGACCAAAGAAUUCUUCCCUCUUACACAACCACUUCAAGAAACCACGACAAGAAAUCGUGCCUGUCUGUACAUUGUUAAAUUGAAACUAUCACCGAAAGAAAAAAAGAAAAAAAAAAACUCCGCCGGCAUUGGCCUCAUUCGGUCUGUCCGGAGCUACUUCGACUUGCGGCAUCUUCCUCCGAAUCCCACGGAACGGUCAGACAACUGAGCCUUCAAUCAUCGGAGUGCCGCCCCAGGCACACGCACGACCGUAUCAUUACUUUCUAAACCAUAGCGGCGUUUUCAUUCUUCGAAACCCGGAAUCCCUUUAAAUCGACGCAACAUCUCCCGAGCUUCACCGCUCUCCCUCGACGGAAACCGGAUGCAUGUCGUCCAGCGUCAGUGGAGAAGGCCUCCGAGAUGAGGGCUCUAAACUCCAGGUCGUCACAGCUGGCGCCACUGCCGGCUUGAUCUCUCGCUUCAUCGUCGCUCCGUUCGACGUCGUUAAGAUCCGUCUGCAGCUCCAGUCCCACUCCCUCUCCGACCCGCUAAGCCACCCGAAAGCCCAGGGCGGCCCCAUAUACAAAGGCACGCUGCCGACCCUCCGCCACAUCGUCCGGAAUGAGGGCAUCACGGGACUCUGGAAGGGCAACGUCCCCGCCGAGAUCAUGUACCUCUGCUACGGUGCCGUCCAGUUCACCGCCUACCGAUCCGUCACCCAGCUCCUCCGCACCGUCACCGCCACUGCCGAUGGAGAACGAAGCCGCAUCCCUCCCGCCGUGGGAUCCUUCAUCGCCGGUGCCGCCGCCGGCGCGGCCGCCACGACAACCACCUACCCGCUCGACCUCCUGCGCACGCGCUUCGCCGCGCAGGGCAACGACCGCGUCUACACCACCCUGGCCGGCGCGGUGCGCGACAUCCGGCGCGACGAGGGCUGGCGCGGCUUCUUCCGCGGCCUGGGCCCCGGCGUGGGCCAGAUCGUGCCGUACAUGGGCAUCUUCUUCGCCUCGUACGAGACGCUGCGGCUGCCGCUCGCGGAGCUGCACCUCCCCUGGGGCGGCGGGGACGCCACGGCCGGUGUCGUGUCGGGCGUGGUGGCCAAGACGGCCGUCUUCCCGCUCGACCUUGUCCGGAAGCGGAUCCAGGUGCAGGGCCCCACGCGGGCGCGCUACGUGCACAAGAACAUCCCCGAGUACUAUGGCGGCGCGGUCGGCGUGCUCCGCGCCAUCGUUCGCGCCGAGGGGUUUCGGGGGUUGUAUAGGGGGUUGACUGUCAGUCUGAUCAAGGCGGCGCCGGGGAGCGCUGUCACGGUGUGGUCUUACGAGAGGGUGUUGCGGCUGCUGAUGUCUAUGGAGCGUGUUGCUACUGAGGACGCCCGUAUUUGA